AUGAUUAUUGAUGCCUCCUUCUUGCCUGAUUCUCUUCAACAAGGAAGAGUGAUCGAUUGUGGUGGUGGGAGGAAAUCUGGUCAAAAUGAUCAAACCCUAAGAGACAUACUAAUGCUUCAGAAUCAGAUCCCAUUAUUUGUUUUGAGAAUAGUUUUAGAGUUCAAAUUGUCAUCAUCAUCAACAGAAGAAUCAUCAGCAGAUGAUAUGCUUCUUGCUAUGUUGAUAGGGUUGUUUAAAGCAAUUUCACCUUUUGAGAAGACGACUAAAGAAAAUCAUUAUUAUUCAGAGAUCCAAGUCUCACAAUGCGUGCAUUUGCUAGAUUUCUUGUAUAACAUAAUUGUGCCCAAAUCGGAAGAUGAACAGCCAAAUAUGAUUGACUUUGGGGACCAUAAUAACAGUGAAAUGGAAGCCAAUGAAAAAUCAUUUGUGACAUAUGUUAACCAAGCCCUUAGUGAGACUUGGAGGAUAGCAUCAAAAUUGACCAAAUCAUCAAUAAGUUUCGUUCAGCAGGUAUUGUUAUACAAGCCAAAGAAGAUCACCGUUUGUUUGCCUUUGACAAUAAUUUGUAACCUUCCGGUGGCUGGGAUUAUAAAACACCCUUGGGAAUGCUUGUUUUUCUCACAAGAGAAAAAGCAAUCAAAAACAGAAAUUGUUGAUCUCAGCAACCCACCCUUGAUGGAGGAAAUUGCUAUCCCUUGUGUUGCAGAACUCUCAAACUCUGGAAUCUGUUUCUCACCUACUAAUAAUGGAGCAAUUCACAGCAUCAGGUUUGAUGAAGAAGCAGCCACACUUCACCUUCCCACAAUAGCCAUAGACAUCAACAGUCAAGUGCUGCUUAGAAACUUGGUAGCUUAUGAAGCCUCAAUUACGCAUGCAGUGGUGGGCCACUUGUUUUCACAAGAUACACAGAAUUGA